CCCGUUGGCCCUAGAGGCUCGCACGUGCCAUGGCGGCCAACUUGAUCUGCGUUGUGCAGGCGCCUCCAACUUGGCAACUGCAUCAUUUGCGCUGCUUCUCUUCUCCAGUAGGACUCUCCUUCCCAUUGCCUUCUUACUUUCGUGCAUUCCACGUUUCUGCGGACGCUGCAAAACGCGGCUUGCUUUUGAAAUAUGAGAAUGCGUUAGCCCCGUAAAGCGAGGAGGAGCACCCGAUUCCGGAGAGUUGCGGGAAUGCUUGGGCUGAUUGGGACAUCCAACUGAGCAUCCGAUACAGUCAGAGAGUUGGGCAGAAGCAUGAGGAUAAUGGAAGAAGUGGCCACAACCGCGGACGUAGCCAAUUCCAGCAAUGAUUUCUCCCUGCUGACUGGGCCGCACCAUGGCAUUUCCGGCAUUGUUAAUAACAGCGCCCUCAUGGCUGCAUUCCUUGCUUUUUUCCUAGCACAGUCCCUGAAAGUCUUCACGACCUGGUACAAAGAGAAGCGGUGGGACUUUAAGCGGAUGGUCAGCUCAGGAGGGAUGCCCUCCUCGCACUCAUCAUGUGCCAUGGGCCUGGCGACUUCAGUGGGGCUGCGGGAGGGGCCCGGCAGCCCCCUCUUUGCGAUGUGCAUGGUGUUCGCUGGAGUUGUUAUGUAUGAUGCAUCUGGUGUCCGAUUGCAUGCGGGCAGGCAGGCGGAGGUCCUGAACCAAAUAGUGUAUGAGCUACCGCCCGAGCACCCGUUGGCCGACUCGCGGCCGCUCCGGGAAGUCCUCGGGCAUACGCCGCCUCAGGUUCUGGCUGGGGCUUUGCUGGGGUGCAUCACAGCUUACUUCUUAUAUAUGUUGUUUCCCGACUAUACGAUGCCAAUACUUCGACCCUGACAAGCUUUAGGGAUCAUCCUACUUCUGAGCGAAAGCUAGUUCAGGGUACAUACAUACAGUAGUCUUGGCAACCUGACCGAUUGGACAGUCAUUACAAACUCCAUGUUUGACCCAGUCGGACCCCAACUUACAAUACAAUGACGGGUCGCCCAUAUCAAGUCUGCACGCGUGCAUUUCCACUU